UUGAGCGCAGACCGACUUGAUGGUGGCAAAAAAAAAAAGCAACGAGCCGAAGCCAGGCAGGACUUUGUGGGAUGGGAACAGACGAGCGUGUCCCAGUGUUCCCAGCCUCCUGACAGUUCAUCAUUGCGCCGAAAGGGAUCCAGCGGAGCUCAUGUAGCCCGGCCGCUUCGACUAAACCGAAGCCGGGACACGGCGGCGCCCCGGGGGUCUGGAAAAUGGGAGCGGUGAAGUGAAGAAGAAGAAGAAGAAGAAGAAACGGCAGAAAAAGCUGCCCCCCCCUGGAUAAAAGGCAGCAAAAGCACAAUGGCGCUCCUCCUCUGGUUCGGCGUGUCGCUGCUGGCCUCCGUCCAGUCCAGCGGCGUCAAGAACUGCCACCGCGACUGCCGCUGCGAGGUGGAAAGCUUCGGCCUGUUCGACAGCUUCAGCCUGACCCGGGUGGACUGCCGGGGGCUGGGAGCCGACACCCCCAUGCCCAUCACCAUCCCGCUGGACACCGCCCACCUCGACCUGUCGUCCAACGCGCUGGGCCCGCUCGGCGACACCAUGCUGGCCGGGCCGGGCUACACCACCCUGGUUAGCUUGGACCUGAGCAGCAACCUCAUUACAAAGGUGACACCCAGCGCUUUGUCCAAGCUGCGGUACCUGGAGACGCUGGACCUGAGCCACAACCGCCUGGAGAGCCUCUCCACCAGCUGCUUCGCCGGCAUCCCCCUGGUCGAAGUGGACCUCAGCCACAACAGCUUCCAGGAGUUCGACAUGGACGUGUUCGCCACGAAGGUCAGCGGGGAGCCCGUCAGCGUGGACCUGUCCUGCAACGAGCUCGCGUCCGUCUCGGCGACCUCGCGCGGCCGGGUGCUGCGCGUCCAGAACCUGAACCUGUCGUCCAACCGGCUGCUGAGCGUGCCGAGGCUGGCGGGGCUGUCGCUGAGGUACCUCAACCUGGACGGUAACCCCAUCGCGCGCGUGGAGGAGGGGGCGUUCGCCGAGCUGACGGAUAUGGUCUACUUGUCCAUCAGCGGCCUCCGCGAGCUCGCAGAGGUCCGGGCGCGUGCCUUCAAGAGCCUGCGCAGCCUGCAGGUUCUUGAUCUCUCCAACAACCCGCAGCUUAAGACCCUGAGCCCGGCCGUCUUCAGCGGGCUGGACUCCCUGCAGGAGCUGAAUUUGUCCGGCUCCGGCGUGGCGUCCUUGCCCAACAACAUGCUGAGCAAUCUGCCCAGCAUCAAGAGUAUCACGCUGGGACGAAGCGUCCACUGCUGGAGGAGCCAGAAGCAGGGACAGUUUCACCGGCAACUGGGCCAGGUCCAACACGACGAGGUGCUGACCUGUGACGUGGAGGGCAUCGUGUUGUGAAGCGGACCAGACGCCCCCCCCCCCCC